AUGUCCUUGCUCCGUCCGCUGCAUCCUGGCCCGGAGAAGACGGUGAGAGUGCUCGCCGAUGCCGGCGCAAUUAAUGCGACGGCAAGGAGAACCAGUAGAGCGGCGGCGGUCGCGGGCUUCCCUGUGGUGGCCAUGACUUGCGGUUGCUGACGAAGGUGCUCUUGGGAAGCUGAUUCGCUCAGAGGUUGGGGUUGUGAUGGGCUGGAAUAGUGAAGAGCUCUUGUCCAUGCGCGGAGGUUAAUUUAUAGGAGUAGAAAGGGCAGACGCGGUACUGAAAUAAUGCUGUGGAUUGACUAACGCCACCUAGAAAACCCGUGGGUUUUCGAGACUCGGAUUCUGAGUCAGUGGUGUUACAAUAUACUAACCGUUUCCCUGCGCGCUGGUCGCAUUGACAUCUUUCUAUUUAUUGAACGAAUCCUUUCUUCUGACGGAUACGGUAGUCUCCAGGCUGUCAGAGUUUGACCUGGUCGAUCUUGAUGAAGAUAGAUCAAAAUGAGUAUUCAACAGAUAAGGAAGUCUACGCAGUUUCGUCUAGUUUUCCGAUAUUAUAGCAGGUGUUGGCGAAACCAAUGAACUGUUGAUCGGCGGAGUUGGAACGCGUAGUUCGUCGCUGUCGAAUUCUAUUCCUUUGGAAAGCGGUCUUUUAAAUAACUUCAGUCUUAUCUUGUAUAAACGCGCAAGCCCAUAGCGGCUAUAGGGUAGCUCACAGUAUUGCAUUAUUAUCGUCCGUCAAGUACGGUGGGUGGAACACGGCGAUAAAUAACGCUUACCGGCAAAUUUGACUACCGUCACUGACUACGUUUCCUUCUGAAACCCCUUCUCGCCUUGCUGAAUUUUCCAUUGCUUUUUUCUAAUCAUGGGAUGUUCACAUAGUAUGUUCACUGGGCGGGUGUUGAUACGUGUGGCGAUGAUCUCAGAAUCCAUGUCAGUUCAAAGCCUAUCUCCUAUUUUCGGAGUACAACUGUUCGUCACAUUCAGACUGACAGCAUUCGUGCGUCGGAAUUGUUAUGUUCGGUUCGUCUCAGGCAAUGAAAAGUUUGGCGCAUAGCUAAUUACGGUCUCUACGUUCAUCUUCCGCCGGGAAAACUUUCCGCUUGACUUGCUAUGAAACGUCUUUUUAUUUCUUAUUAAUUAUACCUACAUGAGAAGCGUCAUUUGUAUCGGAUUUACCUAUAGAAUUUGACCUCACUUUUUCCAUACGUAAAUUAUGAAUCAUCUAGUAUAUAACGAGGUACUUAGGUAUGAAACUAUCUGCAUAAUGAUCGGUGGUUUUUUGCUUCCUUUCUUUGUAGGUGAGCUAGUUAAAAUGAUGGGGACCAAGGAUUAGCCAAUGAAAAUAGUAAAUUUGUGAAAAUAAAACAUUAGAAAAAUAAACCAACAUUGAUUAUAAGAGAUCAAAAUUUAAAUGUAUUUGAACAGCCAACAAAUAGUUCAGUAAGAGUCAUAUUCACCCUUACCCACCUUCUCGUUUACUAACCUUUGCCCCUCUUCUGUUUUGUCCUAACCACUUAAAGGAGUUACAACAAUCCCGUUGUUCACUCAUGAGCUUAGCUCUGCACACCAGUUAGUCCUCUCAGUUACAACUGUUCAAAAUGUGGGACACCAUCUCCCUCGAUUCAGGUAUAUGCUCACCUUCUUUGUUCAGUUAAAUACUUAUUACAUCUAUAUUUAGGCUUGACCUUGUUCUAGGUUUGAAAAAAUUAGUCACCUAGUCUGUUUAGCAGAAAUUGCUUUGUUUUUCGACCCAGCUUACCCUUCAUUUAUCCUUAUCAAGGAAAAGCUUAUGAAUGACCACAUGGUCCUAAUUCAAUAGCUGAGCAUAUUGGAAACAUUUGAAUUCAACAUUAAAUCCAUGGGUUCUCCAGACUCGGAUUCUUACUUGGCCUGCAUUAAAAGUUUUUACUUUUUUCAUGUUCGCCUUGUUAGUUGGUUGACAUCUGCUCAAGGCACAUGAUGACAGUGUCAUUGAGUGAUUACUCUAUUUGAAUGAGCUCAGUCAAUUGUUUGCAGGUUUUGAUGCAGUCACCCUUUGUCAAGGGAACCCAUCUUUUGAGGACCAUUAGAACAAUACAAUAUGGAUACGAAAGUGGCAUAUGUCAUUUGAGGCAGUGCUUUAGGUGAAAAUAUCUAUUAAUACAGAAAUGAUAUGGACUGUAGGAAAUAAUGUAGUGGUUGGAUAAGAAGGAAUUUGCUUAAGUAUCUUCAUAGAAAAAAGUUUUGUUGGGCCUCCUGCCUUUUCAAAUGACUCAGUAUGAACUUUUCAUUGACGAAGCUCUCUCAAACGCAUAAGUGCAUAGCGUCAUAAGGAAGCUCGUUGUGUGAUAUUAAUACAGAGAACAAGAUGAUUGUAGGAAUAAAUAUGUAAGCACAAGCUCACAAUAAUAAUAGAAACUCUUUUUAGAUAUCAAUGAGAAUAAAUAUAAGAUAAAUCAUCAAGUUAUCAAGAAUCCUAAUAAGAAUAAGACUUCCACCAAACACCUCUAAUCCACAUCUCAACACCCUCAAGAUGACCCACAUACUAAAGAGUCAGCAAUAGAUUCUUAUUUCUUUCUAUAAGACUUCACCUAUAAUAGAAGAGAGAGAAGAGAAUAAGAAAGAGAAAGAAAGUUGAUGAAGAGAGAAAAAUCUUAUUAUUCGUCGUAUUAAAAAAAGAGAAAAUACAUGCUUUAUUUAUAGAAAAUAGGAAAAGAUAACUGCUCCCUAAAAAGAGGCAUCUCAAUCUACAUGCAAGUGAGCCCACACAUCUCAAAAGAGAUGGCUUCAACCUCUCUCAUUUCUCGCUCUCUCUAUCCCUACAUGACUACCGAACAAGUCAAAAGGGAUAAGGUGACAAUCGUCUCUCUCCUUGCAUGACCCCUAAUUGAGUCAAAUGGGAUGAGUGACAAUUGUAUCAACACCCCUCACUCCUUGCACAUCUCUCAAGUGAGUCCGAUGAGAGAGGGUCUUUCACACAUCUCCUGAAUGGUUGAGAUGGGAGGAGGCUCCUCACACAUCUCCUGAAUGGUUGAGAUGGGAGGAGGCUCCUCACACAUCUCCCGAAUGGGUUAGUCAUAAUGGACUGACACCACCAACAAACUCAACCUUGACAGCCAUCAUCACUACACUUGUAGUCAAUGUCCGUCCAUAUUUUAAGUUCUCUACAUUCUGCAAUAUACAUACAUUAUGAAUCAAAUUCAAAUAAUAUUUGAACUUCUUUAUUGUGACGACCUUCAUCAACCCUCUAUGGUAUUUUCCUUCAUAUGAACUUUCUCUAGAAAGAUAUCUCUAUAAUUUGCCAACUCAUAAAUCUUAUGAUACCACACAUCAAUAUGUUUUGACUAUGCAUGAUAAAUUUGAUUCUUUGUCAAAUAAAUAACACUGUAACUAUCACAAUGUAGAGGAACUUCACCUUGUUGGAUCCCAAAUUCGUUCAACAAUCUCUUUAAGCACAAGGCCUAUUUGGUUGCUUUAGUAGCUGCCAUAUACUCUACCUCAAUUGUAGACAAUGCGAUAGUAAUAUGAAGUGUUAAAUAGACUUUCAACUCACUGAUCCACCAACCAUGGUAAAAAUAUAUCAUUUUGUAAAUCUUCAAUGAUCGAAAUCUCUAACAAAAUCUACAUUAACAAAGUUAAUAAUAGAAAGAGAAUUUUUCUGGUCAAAAUGGAUUCUAAAAUCUAAAGAACCUUUUAGAUAUCAGAGAAUAUACAUCACUAUGCUCCAAAAUGUUUUUCCUAGAUUACUCAUAAGCUUGCUAACAAGUUCAACUACAUGAGUAAUAUCUGGUCUUGUACAGACCAUAUUAUAUAUGAGAGAGUCAACCACACUAGCAUAAGAAAUUUACUUCAUCUCAACAACAUCUUUCUUACAUGUUGGACACUAAGUAGUAGAUAAUUUGAAAUGACUAACCAAAUGAGUGCCCAUUAUUUUACAAUUACUCAUGUCAAAUAAAUUCAUCACCUUCAAGAGAUAACUCCUCUAAGUCAAUCAUAGUUGACCUAACUCCCAAUCUCUAUAAAUUUCCAUACUAAAAAUCUUCUUCACCACACCAAGAUUUUUCUUACCAAAUUCUCUAUUCAAUAGUAUCUUCAAUCUAGCAAUUUUCUAUAAAUAUUUCAAAGUAAUAAAUGUAUCAUCAAUAUAGAGUAUUAAAAUAAUAAGAGAAUCAUUAUCACAAAUCUUCAUAUAAAUACAAUAGUCAAAAUCACACCUCGUAUAGUCAAUCUUUAAUAUGUAAGACUCAAAAUUCUUAUACCACUACCAUAAUAUAUGCUUUAACUCAUAAUAAAACCCUCUAGUUAUUACAUGUAAAUAGUUUUCUCUAAAUCUCUAUAAAGGAACACUAUCCUCAUAUCUAGUUACUCAAACUCCAUAUCUUCAUAUGUGACAAUGGCUAACACCAAACGAGUAGACGUGUGCUUCAGAAUAGGUGAAAAAAUCUAUGUAUAAUCAAUUCUCUAUUUUUGUGUAAAGUCUUUUGUAACAAACUUUGUCUUAUAUUGUGGCUGGUCACUAUUAAUCAUUGGUAACUUCUUCUUGUACACUUACUUAUACUCAAUAGCUCACUUUUUUACAAGAAGAUCUACCAUUUCUCAUGUGUGGUUCUUGUUUAAAGAUGGUUGCUCCUCAAACAUUACUUGCAAUCACUUCUUUUUCAAGAUAAUUAAUUACCUUUUGAAAAAGUUAUGGGCUCGUUGUCUCCUAUAAAUAAUGCAAAGAUAAUAUAAUCAUUAGGAUGAGUAGGAGGCUUUACUUGAUGUCUACUCAUCUAGUAGUAAUACAAUCAAAAAUAUUUUCUGAUUUUACAACUUGAUCUUUAUUCAAAAUAAAAUUAAAAGAACUCUACACACUCUUUACCUCCAGUCAUGCUCUAUCUUCAACAUAAAUCUUAUCAAAUUCUUGAACCAUGUGCUUUAUAAAAAAAGACUUCAACAUGUGAUCCUCAUUAAAGACCAAAUCUUUACUGAAAAUAACCUUCUUUGCCUCUAGAUCCUAAAGUCAAUAUCCUUUCACGCUAGUACUAUUGUCCUAGAAAAUAUAUUUCUUUAACUUUAAAUUCAGCUUCGAUCUCUCAUCAAGAAUUGUAAUAACAUAUCCUAAAUGUCUACAUAUAUACAAAUUCAAAUAGCUAACAAAAUUUUCGGUCCACACAUCUUCAGCCACCUUCCCAUUAAUAGUGAAAUUUGAUGAUCUCUUUAUCAAAUAAGCUGCCAUACUCACAGCUUCUGUCCAAAACUCUUUAGACAAGUUGGCAUUUAGCUAUAAACACUAUGCUUUCUCAAAAAUCAUGCAAUUCAUUCAUUGAAAAAUAUUAUCUACUAUAGAGUCUUCUUCACUAUAUAAUGACGUUGAAUAUCAUACUUAUUAGAAAACUAAUCAAAUUCAAAAUUCUUCAAUUCUAUACUAUUGUUAGUUUGCAAGACUUUAGUCUUCUUCUUCGUCUAGUCUUCCACCUUCGCACACUAAGUCUUGAAUUACACAAAUACUUUUGAUUUGUGCUUCAAGAAGAAUACCUAGACUUUCUUAGAAAAAUUAGCAACAAACAUCAAAAAAUAAUAAGCACCACUCAUCGACAUCACAUCAAGCAAACCACACACAUCUAAAUGAAUAUAAUCCAGCACAACAUCCAUCUCAUACUUUGUUGUCUUGAAUGUCACCUUGUAUUAUUUUUCUAUGACAUAAUACUUAUAAAAAUCUAAUUUAUAAGUUUUCACACUAGGCAGUAGUCCUUGUGCAUGUAGCUUCUACAUAUGUAUUUCACUCAUAUGACCCAAUCAUAAGUGUCAUAAAAGAGUAUCAUCAAUCGUGAAAUCAUUUGGUGUCACAAUACAAGCUCCACCUACAAUAGUACUCCCCUCAAGUUUAUAAAUAUUUACUUGUUGAUGUUUUCCCUUCAUCACAAUGUAUGAUCCUUUGAUAAUCUUGAAGAUUUCAUUUUCACCUUUAAAACAACAUUCAUGCACAUCUAAUACUACAAGUAAAAUCAAAUUCUAGUGUAAUAUUGGAACAUAACAAAUAUUUCUAAUUUCUUGGACCACUUUGUCAAACAUCUGAACCUUUAUCGAAUCAAUGACAAUAACUUUCCAAUCUAUAUUAUUUCUUAUAGAAAUAACUCCUAUUUGAUUUUUCAUCAAUAUAUAAAUUUUUUAUAGCCCAUAAUGUUUUAUGCUCUAUUUUCAUAAGAAGAUGACAUGGCUUUUCAAAAAUGAGAUGAAAUGGGGACAUACCUAUGGGAUUUUUAUUAGUUGUUCUAUAAGCCGAUAAUACAUCUUGUAAUUUUGUGGGCUAAUCUUUCCUAUCUAGUCUAACUAUUUUUCUCAAAAUUAUCUGAAUUUCCUUAUUUGCUACUUCAACUUGUCCAUUUAUUUGGGGAUGAUAUAGAGUGACUAUUCUAUAGUGUACUCCAUUCUUCUUCAAUAGUUUCUUAAAAUAUUUAUUUGUUAAAUGUGUUCCUCCAUCACUAAUAAUCACUUUAGGACAUCGAAAUCUUGAAAAAAUAUUUUCUUUCACAAAUUUCAUCACGAUUUUAUGAUCAUUAGUUCAAUAAGACACAUAAUCAAUAGCAAGCAAAAUAUAUUCAUAUUUUUUAGUUGAUGGGAAGAGACCCAUAAAAUCUAUUUCUCAUAUAUCAAAAAUUUCAGCUACUAACAUGUUACACAUGGGCAUUUCAUUUUUUUACUCAUGUUACCUAUAGAUUAACAUGAAAUACAUGUUCUACUAAAUUUUAUAGAAUCUCUAAUGAUUGUAGACCAAUAUAAAUUACAUUAAAAAAAAAUUAUAGUUGUUUUUCAUCUAAAGAAAUGUCCUCCACAAAUUGAUGACUGACACAUGUUAAGAAUGCUAUGAUAUUCUUCUCCAAGAACACAUCUCCCUAAAAUUUGAUAAUUUCUCAAGUAAUAUAAAUCAGGAUCAUACUAAAAAUAAUUUUUUUUGUUCUUAUCCCACUUUCUAGAAUUUUGUUUCGAAACUAGAAAAUUAACAAUAUGUGCAUACUAUGAUGAUAGUUGAUGUUGAGCUGCCAUCAAUUGUUCAUUUGGAAAUACAUCUUAUAAAGGUGUUGCAUUUAUUCUUGUAUCCCUCAAUCUAGAAAAAUGGUUAAUAAGUUUUCAUUAUCAUGAGUUAAUAAUUAAUAAAUAAUAUAGUUUUAGCUUUAACUCAUGAUAAAUAGACUUAUAUUUGUGUUAAAUUGUGAAAAAUAGUUUCCAAUUGAUUAACGUGAAUUUUUGGCUAAUUAUAUGAUUUUCUAUGAAUUUAUACGAUUUUAUAGUCCUAUUUUUUAGAUAAAUGAAGAAAACAAAAUUAAAAUAAAAAUAUAGCAAAAGGGGGGGGCCCACUAGCUAAUCAGUCCCGCAAGCAGGUCGAAAGUGUAGUCGGGGGGAGUCGUGAGCAAGGGCUCGAGCACCUAAAGACUGAUGAGGGCAUGUGUGCGCCACUCUCCUUCCACGUCACCAAUGGCUAGCUAGCUGUGGGACAAAGAGUGGUCAUACAUGUAGGAGAAAGGGACUCAUUACUUGCAAAUGUAAUAUUACUAUAUAUUCACCCAAAACUUCAACACACAAGCGAUGUGGGACUAGACCCACGUCACAAUUUUCUUUGAAAGGCUUUAAAUAUUUUAAUACCUAAACUACCCCUUAAUUAUGAUAGAAAUAUACUAUGAUGACGUCACCUAAUCAGAGAAUUAGAGUCCUUAUUUUAAUCUCUCUCAUGUAGAUGAACAACAAGCACAAGUUUGAAUCCUCCUAAAGCCAAAACUUGUAUUUUUAUCUGAUUAUUGUGACUUUCCUACAAAUCGCCGGUGAAGAAUUAAGUCGCUAAAAUCGCUUGAUCAUCGGCGAAAAUUUCAUCAACAUAAUUCACAAACUCUAUUUCCGCUCGAUUUGCAUUCGUCAAGCACUAAUGUCAUCCUAACAUUCGCACCCUUAUUUUCCUUUUUUGUGAAUUUUAAAUAUAUUUCAUUUUAAUUUCUUAAUAGAAAAUUCAUAAAGUAUUAUAUUAUUUCAAGAAAAUUCUAAAAAUUUAUCUGAUAUUAUAUUACAUCUCUAUGAUCGACUUGGAAAAUUACCACUAUUUGUAAAAGUUUUAUUGAAAUAUAAUUGAUAUAUUUGCUUUAAAAUACUUCUAAAUAUCUGAAAAAAUAUAUUUUCUAGUUUUAUAAAUUUUAAAUUUACGUGAUUUACUAUACAACGACUAAAUCACGUCAAUAGUUAGUAACAAGAUUAUCAAAACCUUUUUUAUCUUUUCUUUUUAAGUCAAAUUCUUGCAACAAUAAAAUCCAUCUUAAUAAACGUGACUUUACAUCUUUGUUAUUUAACAAAUAUUUUAAUGCUGUAUGAUCAAUAUAAAUAAUAAUUUUAGCUCCCAAAAAAUAUGAUGUAAACCUUCCUAAUGAAAACACUACAACUUCAACUAUUUUUCAGUCGUGCUAUAAUUUAAUUGAGCAUUGGAUAUAAUUUUGCUAGCAUAUGAAAUUACUAUGGGUUUUGACUCUUUUUUUUGUCCUAGAAUGGUCCUACUACAUAAUUCGAUGCAUCACACAUUAUUUCAAUGGGAAGAGAUCAACUAAGAGCUUGUCAAAUGAGUGCCUCAUUAAGUAAUCUUUUUAUUUCAGAAAAAGACUCAAAACAUUUCUCAUCAAAAUUAAAAGGCACAUCUUUAAAUAAUAACAUGGUGAGAGGUUUAGAAAUUUUCUAAAAAUCUUGAAUAAAUUUUUUAUAAAAACCUGCAUGACUCAAGAAAGAUCUGAUCUAUUUUAUUGAAUCCAGAAGUUUCAGUUUAGAUAUAAUAUCAAUUUUUGUUCUAUCUACCUCUAAACUAGUUUCAGUUACAAUAUGACCCAACACAACUCCCUCUCUAACUAUAAAAUGUGAUUUCUCCUAACUCAAAAUUAAUUUUUUCUUUAUACAUUUCUUAAGUACAUGUUGUAAGUGAUUUAAGUAUUUUUCAAAUGAUUCAUCAAAAAUAAAAAAAUCAUCCAUAAAUUUUUCAAUCAUAUAAAAAAAAGAGACAACAUACAUCUUUGAAAUGUGGUUGGAGUAUUACACAGACCAAAAGAUAUGCAUUUAAAAACAAAAGUACCAAAUGAACAAGUGAAAGUUAUUUUUUUUUGAUCUAAAAGCUUUCUAUAAAUUUGAUUAUAACUAGAGUAUCCAUCUAUAAAAAUAAAAAAAGUUUUUUCUAGUUAAUUUUUCUAGAAUUUAGUUAGUAAAUGGUAGGAGAAAAUGAUCUUUUCUAGUAACUGAAUUUAAUAUUCUAUAAUCAAUAUAAACCCUCCAACCGAUAGUUAAUCUUGUUUGUAUUUUAUCCCUAUUUUUUUUUAUAACUGUGAUCUCUAAUUUUUUUGGCAUCACAUGUGUAGGAGUAACCCAUUUGCUAUUUGAAAUAGGAUAAAUAAUAGUAGUAGUUAGUCACUUUAAAUUUGAUUUUUUUAUAAUUUUCAUUGUGUUAGGAUUUAAUCUUCGUUGUGGUUCUGUACUAGUUCUAACCCCCCCCUCUAGAUAUAUACUAUGUAUGCAUACACUAACAUCAAUGCCCCUAAGAUCAUUCAUUUUUCAGCUAAUAGCCUUUUUAUUUUUUUGAAGUACAUCUAAUAAUUAUUCUUCAUGUUCAUCACUCAAAUUAGCUGCAAUAAUAACAAGAAAUGAAUUAUUUUUCUCCAAAAACAUAUAUUUUAAACUAGAAGGAAGAGGUUCAACUCUAAAUUCACAUGAUCUUCCUUUUUCUUUUCUCUCAAAUUUAUAUUCUCUAUUUCCUCUAAUUCUUCCAACACAUAGUCAUCAAUAACAUCUCGAUCAUCAAAAUCAUCUAAAACAUUUAUGGUAUGACAAUAAUAUAUUUAAGAUUUCUUAAGAUCAUUUGAUACCUCAAAAAUUUUAAUUUCUAUUGAUUGAUCUCCACAUGAAAUUUUUGCAAUACUUCUGAAAAAAUCAACAUUCAUCUUUGCUGUAUGCAAAAAUGAUCUCUCUAGAAUGAUUGGUGUAUCAUAAAAAUGUCCAUUAAAAUCUAUUUUCAGCACUACAAAAUCAACUAGAAUUUACACCUUUUAACUACCAUUAUUACAUUUUUUUAAAUACCUUUACGAUCUUUUAUAGAUCUAUCAAUAAAUUGUAAGGUAACAGUAAAAGAUUUAAGAUCAACAAUAUUAAAUUUAUCACAAAUGCUUGUAGGUAAUAAAUUAAUACUAACACUGGUAUCAAGUAAUGCAUUUUGAAAAAUAAAUCCAUUAAGAUCAUAUGAAAUUAAAGGGGUACUAGUAUUUCUCAAUUUAUAUGAUAAUUAAUUUAAUAAUAAAGCACUAACAUGGAUAGAUAAUUUUUCUACUCUAAGUGUUUUUUUUGGUGUACACAUUUCUUUUAAAACUUUAGCAUAUUCAGGAAUAUAUUCAAUGGCAGUGAGUAAAGAAAGACUAAUUUGCGCAUCUUAUAAAAUUUUCUUUAUUUCUUCAUUGUGUUCCUUUUUCUUUCUUUGUCUAGGCUCUAGAGCUUUAAGAAAUAGAAUGAUUGUCCUCUCUUUUGGAAUUUCUUUAGUAGAAUCUAUAAAAUCCUCUUCUACUCCUAUUUGAUUUUAUUUUGGGCUGUUCAUGUUUUCCUUUUCUUCUAAUAUUUGGGGAUAAGGAUUAGGUAAAAUCUUUCCACUCCUUUUCAUAGCAUCAGGUUAAGUUUGUUACAUCAUUUUCAUAGCAUCAGGUUAAGUUUGAGAGGGUUGAUUUUUCCAAGAUCUGUUUUCCUAUGUUGGACAAAAUUCAGAGUUUGAAUUGGGUUUAAGUGUUUCUAGGUUUUGAAUAUUAUUUGGGUCUCUCCACUAAAAAUUAUUUGUCUAAUUAAGAUUAUAAGAAUUAGAAAAAAGCUCUGUAUUUUGAUUAAAGCUGUGGGCUACUUGCACUUGUUCUUGUAUAGGGUUAAAUGAUUAAUUUAAAUUAUAGCAUUGAAAUUCAGAAUAAUCAUUUUCAUCAUAUAUAAGAUAGGUACUAUUUGAAGUAAAUUGAGGGUUAAGAGGCUUUCUAAUAUUGUCAAUAAGUAAAUCAAGUUUUUCUAAUCUUUAAUUAAUCUGAUUAACCUCAUUUCUUAAAUUAGAAUUAUUUUGAUGACAAUAUUUAUAAAUUUCUUUCUUUUUAUCCGAGUCAUAUAACUCAAAAGAAGCUUGAUCUCUAGAAUUUUUACUUAAAUUCUCAUAAAGGUUGUAAAUCUCAUCAAAAGUUUUCUCCAUAAAAGUUACUCCACAUAUAGAAUCAACCAUAUUUUUAUGUUGUUCUAAUAAUUUAUCAUAAAAAAUUCUAUUGAGCUGCCACUUGGGUAUAGCAUAAUGAGGACACUUUCUAAGUAAAUUUUUGAAUUUUCUUAUGUCUCAUGCAAAGUUUCUCCUGAUCUUAGAGAAAAACUCUAUAUAUGUUUUCUCAUAUUUUGAGUUUUUUUUAAUGGAUAAAAUUUUCAAAUAAAUGCCUAUUCUAUGUCUCUCUAACUAAUUAAUUCUCUAUCUAAUGUGGAUAGUCAAUAAUUAACUUUGUCUCUAAGUUUAUGAGAAAAUAAUUUCAUCUUAAUAAUUUUUAGUGUAACCUGAGGGAGAUUAACUAAAUUAUAGAUCAUAUGAAAUUUUUCUAAAUGCUGAUAAGGUUCCUCUAAAGGCAAUCUAUAAAAAUUAAGGUACAUUUGAAAAAUUCUUGGAUUUAUUUCGAAUUGAACAGUGGGUGUUAACGGGACUCUAGUAUUGGAUGCUCUUUGAAAUAAAUCAAGGAUAUAAUGAUUUUCAUGGCCAUAGGAUUAUUCUUAGUUUGACUUAUACUUCCUUCAAGAUCCAUAAAAAUUAAUUUUUCUUUUGGAUUUUUAGUUCUGAAUGAAAUAGUAAAAGGAUUUUCUAGCCUUGGAUGUAAGGAUCUUCUACCAUGCAUUAAAAACAAUAAAAUUGAGAAAAAUAGUUUAAUAAUUGUUACCCUCCUUCAUUAUGCUCUAGUCCUUGCCUUGCUGCUUUUCGUUCUUUUUUUUUUCCUACAAGAAGAAAAUAAAAGCAAGAGUUAAAUUUUUUUAUGUACUCUAAGAGAGAAACAGAAAAAUAUCAAAUAUUAUGUAAUACAUCGCAGAAACGACACCAAAAUUUUCUGUGACUUAGUCAUUGUAUAGUAAAUUACGCGAAACCACACUUUUUGUCCAACAUCAAAAACUUUUCUGCUAAUGCAUUUAUCAUGAAAAGUUUUAAUUUUUUUUAUAUAUUCUAUGAUUUUCAUAAGCUUCAUUCCUCAACUCCUUUAGUUCUUGUAACUGAAAAAUUCUAUGCUCAUCAGCUGAUUUUUCAUUCAUACAUAAUUUUUUUAUAGCCCAUAAUGCUUUAUGCUCUAUUUCCACAAGAAGAUGACAUAGCUUUCCAAAAAUGAGACAGAAUGGAGACAUACUUAUGGGAUUUUUAUAAGCCGUUCUAUAAGCCCAUAAUACAUCUUGUAAUUUUGUGGGUUAAUCUUUCCUAUUUAGUCUAAUUAUUUUUCUCAAAAUUCUCUAAAUUUUCAUAUUUGCUACUUCACUUGCCCAUUUGUUUGGGGAUGAUAUGGAGUGGCUACUCUAUGGUGUUCUCCAUUCUUUUUCAACAAUUCCUUAAAAUGUUUAUUUAUAAAAUGUGUUCCUCCAUCACUAAUAAUCACUAUAGGACAUCAAAAUCUCGAAAAAUAUUUUCUUACACAAAUAUUAUCAUGAUUUUAUGAUCAUUAGUUUUAGUAGGAAUAGCUUCCAUCUACUUAGAGACAUAAUCAACAACAAGCAAAAUAUAUUCAUAUUUUUCAGUUGAGGGGAAGGGACCCAUGAAGUUUAUACCCCAUACAUCAAAAAAUUCAACUACUAAUAUGUUACUCAUGGGUAUUUCAUCUUUUUUACUCAUGUUACCUAUAGAUUCGCAUGAAAUACAUGUUCUACUAAAUUCUAUAGAAUCUUUAAUGAUUAUAGGUGAUAAGUUUUCAUUAUCAUGAAUUAAUAAUUAGUAAAUAAUAUAGUUUUACCCUUAACUCAUGAUAAAUUGACUUAUAUUUGUGUUAAAGUGUGAAAAGUGGUUUUCAGUUCGUUAAGGUGAAUUUUUGGGUAAUUAUCUGAUUUUAUACAAAUUUAUAUGAUUUUUACAGCCUUAAUUUUGAGAUAAAUGAAGAAAAAGAAAUAAAAAUAAAAAUAUAGCAAAAUGGGGGGGACCCACUGGCCAGCCGGGCCCGCAAGUGGGUCGGAAGUGCAGUCGGGGAGGAGCCGCAAGCAGGGGCUUGAGUGGCUAGGACCGAUAGGGGCACGUGUGUGCCACUCCCCUUCCACAUCACUAGUGGCCAGCCGACUGUGGGGCAAAGAGUGGUUGUACACACAUAAGAAAGGGACUUGAUCGGAAAUAUAAUAUUACUAUAUAUUCGCCAGAAACUUCGGCACACAAGCGAUGUUGGACUAAACUCGUGUCACACCUUCCCCAGAAAGGGCGAGCAACUAGCACAGGUUUGAAUCCUCCUAGAGCCAAAACUCAUAUUUUUUUAUCUGAUUACCACAACUUUCUUGCAGAUCGCCGAUGAAGGAUUAAGCAACCAGAAUUGCUGAAUCAUUGCCAAAAAUCUCAUCAAUGCAAUUUGCGGAUCAUUGUUACUAAAAUUGUUGAACAAUUUAUAAUAAAAGGAUCGUGAAUCCAUCAAGUAAAACAUCUCUGAUUGAUCGACGAACAAGCCGUCGUCGAGAAGAGAACGAUCCAUUAGGAGAUGAGUUGCCACCUCUUGAGAGCAUAUUGGAUGCAAUGAAGAGCCUCUUCUUGCUGCACGGACCUAAAGAUGAAGCUCUCUAACAGGUGCCCCACCUCUAUCCAACUACUCUCUGUUGGGUGACAGUCACCGGAGAAUUGUAAAGUUGCCGUUUUUUUGCUUUGUCAGGUGACAGCCACUAGAGAUGAUUCGAUGACCCAUUUCAUUGAUCUGUAGACUUCGCAAGGAGAUCUAGAGAUUUCCCACAUCGUCCUUGUCCAAGGAGAGCCUUUGAGGCCAUCAACACUGCACGACGAUCCUCCCAAAUGCUUAGGAUUCUAGUGCAUCUCUGACGCAUCACCGCCAUGACGCUAGAACUCUAUUUUCAUGCUUUCAAUUUAAUUUUUGCUUCAUUUAGUGAUAAUUUAUUAAUUUUAAAUUUACCAAGAUAUAUUUCAUUCUAAUACGAUUCUUCCGUCUUUUACAAAUCUUAAUUUGAUCAAUUAAAUCAUCUAUAAUCGCUUACGUAAGAAUCGUCAAAUGGAACUCUAUUUCCACCCGAUUCACGUUCACCGGGUGCUGACACCAUCUUGACAUCCGCACCCUUAUUUCCCUUUUUCGUAAAUUUUAAAUACAUUUAAUUUUCAUUUCCUACUAUAAAAUUCAUAGAAAAUAGUAUUCUUUGACAAAAAUUCUAAAUAAUUACCAGAUAUUAUAUUAAAUUUCUGUGAUCGACUUGAAAAAUUACUGCUAUUUUUAGAAGUUUUAUUGAAUUAUAAUUGAUAUAUUUGUUCAAAAAUACUUCUAAAUAUCCAAAAAUUCAUAUUUUCUAGUUUUAUAAAUUUUAAAUAUGCGUGAUUUACUAUACAACGACUAAGUCAUGUCAAUAGGUCAAUAAAAACCACACUGAAUAUUUUUUGCAGUUGUUUUUCAUCUAGAGAAAUAUCCUCCAUAGUUAGAUGAAUGGCACAUGUUAAGAAUGCUAUGAUAUUCUUCUUCAAGAACACAUCUCCUUAAAAUUUGAUUAUUGCCCAAGUAAUAUAAAUCACGAUCAUGCCAAGAAUAAUUUAUAAUCUUAGAAAAGAAAUGAUUUUUUUUGUUCUUUUCUCACUUUUCUGAAAUUUUUUCAGAAACUAGAAAAUUGACAAUAUAUGCAUACAAUGGUGAUGGUUGAUGUUGAGCUGCAACUUUUCAUCGAAGUAGCAAAUUUAAUUUGACUCAUAACACACAAAGGUAUAGAGGUCACCCUUCUAAUGGAGCUAAUUUUUUCAUUAGGACAAUCUUUCUUAAAGUGAUUAGGUUUCCGAUAGAAGAGGCAUUUUCUAUUCUUCAUGACCGUUUUAAAGCCUUUACUUCUUCUUUGACCCUAUUCACUUUUCCACAUCUUUACUGAAUGGUCAUAAUAGCAUUCUUCAUUUUUUCUUCCUUGAGCACAUUUUUUUCAUUUUGCCUAAUGCUGGACGAAUCAAGUUGGAAUAUAAGUAAAAAGUCUAUGAUUAAGUAAUUAAUAUAAUUCUAUGAUUCAUCACGAAAAUCAAUCUGAAAGAUAAGUAAAAAGUCAAAUGUGUACGAUAUGCUAAAUGAAUGAUUUUUUAGCAUGCUGUUACCAAGAAGCAACCACUAGAUUAGAAUCCUGGGAGAGUUCUGAUGUUUCAAAAAUGUAAGGAAGAUUUUGAAGGGAAUGGUAUUCGUGAGAGAAGAUAGAGUAGAAAUACAUCUUCACAAAGACAAGUUCAAGGUAAAUCAUAGGUCAAUUAAAUUAAAGCAAUAAAUGAAAGUAGCAUAUAUCUGUGUGGGAGAGUUCUUGCUAGAAGGAGAGGGCACCACAUGUUUCUGACUUUGUUGAGCUUGUGUAUAUCUGUGUGGGACACACUAGGCCACCGGCCGGUGAAAAGGGGUAAAGACUGGUAUGCCUGAGUACAUUGGUAGGCACACCAAUGGCAUGGCACGUAGGUGAAAGGGGCUGGAUAGACACAGCCAUACAAGGGGGGACCAAGUAGUGGCAAGUCAAGUAAAGCAUUAUCAGAUUGACAUACAUGGGAGACAAGGCUUGGUGGCAAAAUUUCUUUUCAACAGCACCCAUGAAGUCCAUAGUCAACUUGCAAUAGAGAAUCACACCCCUAAUAUUUUACAGAAUAUUGGACUACAAAAACAUGUAACUUCACUGGUUCUCUCUAUUCAAGAAAAUCUCUUUGAUGUUGAGCAUUAUUCAUGGAAUCAGAAAAAUAACAACAAACUUUCUUGUCAAAUAGCUAUACAAAAGCAUGUUUGUACCACAAUCUUAAUCCAAACAUGAAUAAUUAUCCUUUCAAUUUUUUAAUGAAAAUAUCACAUCACCAUGAUGCAUGUUGUGACCAUAGAAGUAUAACAUACAACAAAAUUUUAAUCAUACCAAAUAUUCAAGGUAGAAAUUCUAUGCUUAUUGUUAGCUAUAAUAAAUUUAGGUAAACCUGUUAAGAAACUGCACGAAGAUCUUGUUCACCAAGGUUCAGAAUAUGGUGAGCAAAUUGGUGAGUUCAAAUGGCACUAUUAUGAAAUCAUAGAAUUCAUGUUGUGUGAUGUACAUUAUCUUGCCCUUCAGGAUUUGAACUUCAUGAUACCUGCUCUUUAGAUCCAUUGAAUAGAAUUACUUGGAGCUGUGGAGCUAUUUGAAGAGCUCCUGCAAAUUAGGCAUCAUGUACUUGUUACUUACAAUAUUGUUUAUAACUUUGCAGUUUAUGCGUAGCUAAACUAAUCCAUUUUCUUUCUUUUGAAUAUGAUUGGUACCAUAAGACACUUUGGAGGAUCAAAUUUUCUCUGCUUAAUUUGAAUUGUUGCUGAGAGACAUCUUAUAGGAGUUGCAUAUUGAUGGUCACAUACCCAACAUGAGGUCUAUCUUGUGGUGGUAGUCAUAAAGACAAGGUGUUUGGUAUGACGUCCUUAAGUUCAUGAAGGAUUUGACCAACUUCUACAAAGAGUUGGUUUUGUGCAUGUACCUAUUACUUACAAUAUUUUUUAUGGCUUUGCAAUCUAUGCGUAGCUAAACUAAUCUAUUUUCUUUCUUUUGAAUAUGAUUGGUGUGCCAUAAGACAGACACCUUGGAGGAUCAAAUAUUCCCAGCCUAAUUUGAGUUGUUGCUGAGGGACAAUUCAUGUAAUUGUUGCUGAUGGACAUCUUAUAGGAGCUGUAUAUGAUGGUCACAUACCCAACACGGGGUCUAUCUUGUGGUGGUAGCCAUAGAGACAAUGUGUUUGGUAUGAAGUCCUUAAGUUCUUGAAGGAUUUGACCAACUUCUACAAAGAGUUGGUUUUGUGCAUUGGUGCCUCUUAGUUUGCACACCACCACUAUGCUAAAUGCCUCAGCUUUGGUGCCCACUAGGCUUGCUCUUAACUGUGCACCCAUGUGUGCACUCACUUGUGUGUGCCUCACGUGUGCCUCCACCUAUGCAAGUGCCCCAGGUGGUUGCACCAUGCUGCACACGUUAACAUUGGUCAUGUGCCUGACACGAUCUAGUCGUGUCAAAUAUGCAGCUCAUUCCAUGUUGUUCCUCCCACAUUACUGCUCCCCACUGCUUGCCACAUGCAGCUCUCUCAUGCAUGUGCUUUCAGUGCUGCUGCCCCAAGGCACAUGCACUGUGCCUCCCACACUAGCGCUCCCCCACACACGCUCAACAUGUGCACCAUCUUGCUAUUGACGAUGCUUUGUCCUACUUGUGUGCCAAUGGCAUAUUGUGUCGUACCAGCAGUUUCUAGGUUCCAAUUGGGUCUGACCGUGCACAAGGAGAAGUUCGCCGCUUUGUUUCACAUUUGUCCGCAUGCUUGUCAUGUGUUGCCGCACCAUGUUGCUGGCAUGCCAUGUCGCCACAGCAGUCCACUGGUGCAUACAGCGAGUUUAGACUUGCUAUGGUCCUUAGGCCAAAACUUUGUCAAGUGGAACUAGAGGCGUGACACAUUGGAAUGGCAUGAGGCUCAGUAGAUAUCCUUGUCCAUAUCAUUUUUCUAUAUUUAUAGAUCUCUGUAGAAAAAGAUAUGCAAGUAUAGGAUCAUAAUAACAAUGGGAACUCAAUUUCAGGAUAUUAAUGAGAACAAAUAGAAAAAAAAUCAUGAAGCUAUCAAGAAUCCUAAUGAGAACAAGACUUCCACUAAACACCUCUAAUUCACAUCUUAAUGCCCUCGAGAUAACUCACACAUUGGAGAGUCAACAAUAUACUCUUAUCUCUUUCUAUAAUGAUUUCACCUGUAAUAAAAGAGAGAGAAGAUACCAAGAAAAAAAAUAGAGUUGAUGGAGAGAGAGAAUAGAAUCAAGAGAUAAAGAGAGAAUUCAUCAUCCGUCGUACUCAAAAAAGGAGAAAUACAUGCUCGAUUUAUAGGAAAUAAGAAAAGAUAACCAUUUCUUAAAAGGAGGUAUCUCGAUCUACAUGCAGCUGAGCCCACACAUCUUGGAGGUGAUGACGACAAUCACCCUCAUUCUCUCUCCGCAUGGCCCCUGAAUGGGUCAAAAGGGUUGAUGUGACUACCAUGUCACCACCCUCUUACUCCUCGCAUGCCUCUUGAGUGAGUCAGAUGGGUAAGCUCUCUCUCACGUCUCCCAAAUGGUUGAAAUGGAAGAGAUUUUCUUGCACAUCUCUUGAAUAAGUCAAUUGAGAUGAACUAACAUUGUCAACAAACUCUACCUUGGCAGCCAUCAUCAAUGCAUUUGAAGUUGAGGUCCGUCCAUGUUACAAGUUUUCUACCUUCUAUAAGGUACCUACAACAUGAAUCAAAUUCAAACAAUAUUUGAACUUCUUUGAUAUGAUGAACUUUGUCAACAUAUCUGCAGCAUUCUCUUUUGUGAGAACCUUCUCUAGAAAGAUAUCUCUAAAGUUUAUCAACUCAUAGUUCUUGUGAUACCUCACAUCAAUAUGCUUUGAUCGUGUAUGAUAGACUUAAUUCUUUGCUAAGUAAAUAGCACUCUAAUUGUCACAAUACAGAGGAACUUUACCCUAUCAAAUCCCAAGUUUGCUCAAUAAUUCCUUCAACCACAAGACCUCUUUGGCCACUUCAAUAGCUACCAUAUACUUGCCUCAGUCGUAGAUAAUAUAAUAGUAAUUUGAAGUGCAGACUUCCAAUUGAUGGGUUCACUAACCAUAGUAGAAACAUAUCCUGUUGUAGAUCUUCAAUGAUCUAAAUCUUUGACAAAAUUUUUAUCAACAAAGUUAACAGUAGAAAAAAAAUUUGCCAAUCAAAAUAGAUUCCAAAUAUCUAAAGAACCUUUUAGAUAUAAAAGAAUCUACUUCACCGCACUCUAAUGCUCUUUUCUUAGAUUACUCAUAAAUUUACUCAUAAGCCCAACUACAUGAGUAGUAUCUAAUCUAGUAUAGAUUAUAGUAUGCAUGAGAGAGUCAACCGCACUAGCCUAAGGGAUUUGCUUCAUUUCAAUAAUAUUUUUCUUAGAUGUUGGACACUAAGUAGUAGAGAAUUUGAAAUAACUAACUAUAAGAGUGCUCCUUGUUUUAGUAUUACUCAUACCAAAUAAAUUCACCACCUUUGAAAGAUAACUCCUUUGAGUCAACCAUAGUUGACCUAACUCCUGAUCUCUAUAGAUCUCUAUACCAAGAAUCUUCCUCACCACACCAAGAUUAUUCAUGUCAAAUUCUCUAUUCAAUAGUGCCUUCAAUCUAGUAAUUUCACGUUAAUUAUUAAAAGUAAUAAGCAUAUCAUCAACAUAGAGCAUCAAAAUAAUUAGAAAAUCAUCAUCACAAGUCCUCAUAUAGACACAAUAGUCAAAAUUGUACCUCGUAUAGUUAGUCUUAACAUAUAAGAGUCAAACUUUUUGUAUUAUUGCUUAGAUGCCUACUUCAACCUAUAAAUGAACUUUUUUAAUUGACAAACAAGAUGUUCUAACCCCUGCACAAUAAAACCCUCCGACUAUUGCAUGUAAAUAGAAUCUUUCAAGUCUUUAUAAAGGAAUGCUAUUUUCACAUUUAAUUGCUCAAGUUUUAUAUCUUUAUGUGCAACAAUGGCUAACAACCAAGUGAAUAGACAUGUGCUUCAUAAUAGACGAAAAGAUCUCUAUAUAAUCAAUUUCCUACUUCUAUAUAGAGUCUUUUACAACAAGCCUUGCCUUGUAUUGUGACUAAUCACUAUCAAUCAUUAGUAACUUCUUCUUAUAUACUCAUUUGUACUCAAUAAUUUACUUUCUUGCAAGAAGAUUCAUCAAUUCUCAAGUGUGGUUCUUGUCUAAAGAUGCUCACUCUUCAGACAUCGCCUGCAUCUACUUUUUUGCCUCUUUAAAAGUUACGGGUUCGUCAUCUCCUGCAAAUAAUGUAAAGACAACAUAAUCAUUAAGAUGAGUAGAAGGCUUUACUUCACACCUACUCCAUCUAGUAGCAAUAUCAUCAAGAAUAUCUGAUAAUUCUACAAUUCAAUCUUCACUCACAAUAGAACUAGAAGAAUCCUGUAUAGUCUCCACCUCCAGCCUUGCUAUGUCUACAAGUCAAAUAUCAUCAGAUUCUUGAACCUUGUGCUCUAUAGGAAAGGACUUUAACAUGUGAUAUUCAUAAAAAAUCACAUCUCUACUGAAAAUAACUUUCUUUACCUCUAAAUCCUAAAGUCGAUAUCCAUUCAAGAGAGUGCUAUAGCCUAAAAAGAUAUAUUUUUUUGACUUUGGAUCUAGCUUCAAUCUCUCAUCAGUAGGUAUAAGAGCAUAUCCUGAAUAUUUAAAUAUAUAUAAAUUCAAAUAGUCAACAGGAUUUUUAGUCCAUACCUUUUAAGCAACCUUCCUAUCAAGAGCAGAAUUUGGUGACUUAUUCUUCAAAUAAGUUGCCAUACUCAACUUUCACCCAAAAUUCCUUGGACAAGUUGGCAUUUAGUUGUAAACACCAUGCUCUCUCAAUAAUCGUGCAGUUCAUCUACUCAACAAUACUACUCUACUACAAAGUCUUCUUCAAGAUAUAAUAAUAUUAAAUACUAUGCUCAUCACAAAACUAAUCAAAUUCAAAAUUCUCAAAUUUUGUAUCAUUAUAAGUCUACAAGACUUUGAUCUUUGUCUCUAUCUGAUUCUCCACCUUUGCACACUAAGUCUUGAACUUUGUAAAUACUUCAAACUUGUGUUUCAAAAAGAAUACCUAGACUUUUUUAGAAACAUUAUCAACAAAAGUCAAAAAAUAUCAAAGACCACCCAUUAACGUCACACCAAUCAAAUCACACACAUCUGAAUGAGUAUAAUUCAGCACAACUUCCGUAUCAUACUUCAUUACCUUGAAUGUCACCUUGCAUUAUUUUUUCAUGAUAUAGUACUUGCGAAAAUUCAACUUGUAAAUUUUCACACCAAGUAGUAGUCUUCGUACAUGUAACUUCUAUAUACAUGUCUCACUCGUAUGACCCAAUCAAAAGUGCCAUAAAAGUAUGUCAUCAAUCAUAGAAUCAUCAAGUGUCACAACGUAAGUUCCACCUACAACAGUACUCCCCUCAAGUUUAUAAAUAUUUGCUCAUUAAUAUUUUUCCUUUAUUACAAUAAGUGAUCCCUUGAUAAUUUUGAAGAUCCCACUCUCUCAUUUGAAGCAACAUCUAUUUGCCUUCAAUACUUUAAGUGAAAUUAAAUUUUAGUGUAAUGCUAGAACAUAAGAAACAUUUUCAAGUUCUUAGACUACUCUGUCAAACAUCUGAACCUUCACCAAAUCAAUGCCUACAACUUUGCAAACUACAUUCUUUCUUAUAGAAAUAACUCUAUUACACUCUUGUACGAGUCAAAUUAGUCAGCAUUAGGACACAUAUGAUAAGAACAACUAGUAUCAAGAAUCCAUGUAUUUGAUAACUCUUCAACUGUAACAAGUCUAGAAUAGACUCCAUCUUCUUUGUCUUCAACCUUUGCAAUAUUAGCCGAACUAGAUUCACUUCCUAUUGUCUUAUCACUCUGGUUCUUUGGACAAUCUCUUCGCAAGUGUUCCUUCUCAUGACACUUGUGAUGAGUUUGGUUUUUCAACUAAUUUGUUUGUGAAUUAGAUCGACUCUUUUUGUUUAUUGAUGAUCCUUUCUCCUUCUACUUUCUGCAUUCUCUUCCACCUUUCACAUAUAAAUCUUCAUGAUAAGUCUUCAUUAUCAUGAGUUAAUAAUUAGUAAAUAAUAUAGUUUUAGCCUUAACUCAUGAUAAAUAGACUUAUAUUUGUGUUAAAAAAUGAUUUGUAGUUUUCAAUUGAUUAACGUGAAUUUUUGGGUAAUUAUGUGAUUUUAUACGAUUUUUAUAGUCUUACUUUCGAGAUAAAUGAAGAACAAGAAAUAAAAAUAAAAAUAUUGCAAAAAUGGGGGACCCACCGGCCAGCCGGGCCCGCAAGCGGGUCGGAAGUGGGUCGGAAGCGCAGUCGGGGAGUAGCCGCGAGUAGGGGCUCGAGCAGCUUAGCUUGGGGACCGAUAGGGCACGUGUACGCCACUCCCCUUCCACGUCACCGGUGGCCAACCGGCUGUGGGGCAAGGAGUGGUCGUACACGCGAGAUAAGAGACUUUGCUUACAAAGCUAACAUUACUAUAUAUUCGCCUGAAAAAUCGGCGCACAACCGAUGUGGGACUAAACCCACGUCACACCUUCCUCACAGGUGAGCGACUGGUGCCGGUUCGAAUCCUCCUAG